AUGAACGACAGUGAAAUCGACUGCCUGAAAAGCGAACUUGAGCAUGAAAAAUCUUGUAGGGAUGCGGCUGCUUGGCAGAAUGGAGAAAUGGAAAAACAGAUAGUUUCUAUGCAGGAGGAUAUUCGUAAGGGUGACUAUUCGUGGGAAGGGGAUAGCGAUCUUCUGAAAGAAAGCAACAAGCACAAGAUGUUGUUGGAAUCUAUUGACGAGCUCAAGGAGCAGCUGCCGCUUUUGAAGGAAAGAAUUAAGAAUGCUAGAGUCUGUGGACCAGAUUGCAGACUCAAACAUGACGAUCUCAACAUUAAUUUGGACAUACUCACACCGGCGGAGUUACUACGCACUGUCAAGAGGUUUGAGCGACUUAAAACCGACUUGUUAAGUACACUUAGAAGCAAAGAAUGGCGAUUAGAUUCUGAAUCUAAGUUGUUCGUGCGUGUAAACGAUCAAAGAACGUACUUGCAGAAUGAGCUUAUGAUCUGUCAGAACAAUAUACUGAGAUUGCAGAAAAACGGACCAUACUGGCAGAACAUUUCGAGAAAUAACGACGAGAGAGUACUCGACCCAAAGCGGGGCCCUAUAAAGAGGUGUUUCGGCGAGCGCCUCCCGCCGAUCGCCACGCAAUGA